GCGGGCCACAGGUUCGCGAGCGCGCGGAAAACGACACGGACGUAUCGCGAUGACCGAUGGCGCGGCGGUUCAUGCGUCGGGUGUACCGGGCCGCGUCGGCUGGCGGGAGUCGCGUUCCACGACUCGCGUGAACAACAACUGCUCGUCCUCGCCUCCGCGAAUCAAAAUAUUGUAUCUAAAUGUAUUAUUACGUCGGCCGCCGCGUGUGCACUCGACGGAAUAUAUAGUCCAGCSAUAACCGUCCGUGUGGAUAUAACUUAAUAUAGGUGUCUAUGGGCAAUGGACCAUAGUAAUCGAAUAGCGCGCCUUUUGGACCACAAAUUGGUAUAUACUGUAGUCACUACGACAUCUUCAGGUUCUGAGUGAACAUUUGUAACUCUGUCCAAUAACCAUUUUAAAGGUGAUAAUUAUGGGCCACGGAAAUGCAAGUAGAUACCCGUGGGGUCCGGAUGAUGUAUGCCCUGGUGGAUUAAUUUUGCCAAUUCUAGACGAACGACUAUGGCCAAUCAAAGUACGAAUGGUUGUUUAUUUAUUUACGUUGCUUUAUUUCCUAUUGGGAAUAUCUAUUGUUKCUGAUGUAUUUAUGACUGCUAUUGACAAAAUUACUAGUCAUACAAAAAAAGUUUAUUUGGCUAAAGAGUUAAAUCCAAAUGGCUCGGACGUUUCUCUUCGACCGGAUCAACCCGAAGUGAUUGAAGUACGUAUAUGGAAUCCAACGAUUGCAAAUCUCACAUUGAUGGCUCUAGGUACUUCUUCACCGGAAAUUUUGUUAUCUAUCAUUGAAACGGUGGGCCAUCAUUUUGAAGCUAGAAAAUUAGGACCGAACAUCAUUGUUGGAUCUGCUGCUUUCAAUUUGUUAAUAAUUACUAGUCUAUGUACACUUUCGUUAAGCUUAAACGAAAAAAGAAGAAUACAUGACUUAAAAGUAUUUUUAGUGAUUGGUGCAUUUAGUUUCUUCGCCUAUAUUUGGCUUCUUUUAAUAAUCGAAGUAAUUUCGCCAAAUGUUAUUGAAUUAUGGGAAGCUGCGGCGACGUUCUUGUUAUUUCCAAUCCUCAUGUUUUUCGCUUAUGCUACCGAUAAAAAUUGGUGUGGAAAAAGCACUGAACAUAACACACAUCAACUAGACUUAGACCUAGAUCAGAAUGAAACGAAAAAGCAAUUAAUUUUAAACAAUGGAAAAAUAGACAAAGAAAAUUUGAUUAAAUUCGUAAAAAAUGUAAAAAAAUACUCCGGGAUAACUGAUGCAGAGGCAGCAAAGCUUGCAGCUACCAAAUUGAUCGAUUCAACACAUCGUGGAGCUAUGUGGUAUCGCAUUGGAGCAGUUAGACGUCUUACCGGUGGCAAGCAAAUAGAGCCUAUUUUAGAAGACCAUCUUARACAAAUUUAUGACGUGAUAAAACAAAAUGGCGAGAAAGGAUACGAUAAUACAUUAAACAAUAAGCCACCUAAUUUUUCACAAAAUGAUGAAAAAAAAUAUGCGAUAAUAGAGUUCCACGCCCCCACCAUUGCGGUUAAAGAAAAUAUAGGAAAAUUUCCUGUCACUAUUUGGCGACACGGAAAUCUAAACACAAAAGCAACUGUUAGAGUGGAUAGUAUCAAUGGAACAGCUAAAGAAGGAGAAGAUUUUGUGAAAGUGAAGGAGAUUGUCGAAUUUAAAGAAAAUGAAGAAGAAAAAGAAAUUUUUAUCGAGAUACUCGAUGAUAAUAAAUGGGAACCAGAUGAAGAGUUUUUCCUUAGAAUGUCUGUGAUUCACCAUAAAGAAUUAUCGGUAAAACUUGGGUGUAUUUCAAUAAUGGAAGUGACUAUAAUCGACAACGAUGAACCGGGUAUUAUAAGCUUUGGUAAAAGAGGCCUAYUAGUAAAAGAGAGCACUGGUUUCGUCGAGGUGCCCAUUGUUCGAACGCAUGGAUCAGACAGCGAGGUCAGUGUCAAAUGGAAGACUAUUGAUGAAUCGGCCAUUUCCGGACGAGAUUAUGUAGGCGGCGAGGGUGAAAUUAUUUUCAAAGAUAAAGAAGUAGCUAAAAUACUGCGAAUUGAAAUAAUCAAUGACAUGUGUCCGGAGAAGGACGAAUGUUUUGAAAUCAAAUUAUUUGAAACAACAGGUGGUGCGAAAAUUGGAAAUGUUAACAGGAUAGCCAUCACGAUCAGUAGUGACGAUGAUUUUGAUUCAGUGGUCGAUCGUCUGAUGUUGUUGACUAACAUUAAUAUUCAUGCACUCGAGUUGCACCGUCAAACUUGGGCAGAACAAGUUAAAACAGCGAUGACUGUGAACGGUGGMGAUUUGACCAAUGCAACAACUUUAACUUAUGUGUUUCAUUUUUUUUCGUUUUUUUGGAAAGUUAUAUUUGCUUUUAUACCCCCAGCAGCCGUGUUUUCUGGUUGGUUAAGAUUUUUCACCUCCUUGACGUUAAUAGGAGUCAUGGCCACGAUAAUUGGCGAUUUAGCUACAAUUUUCGGUUGUUUAAUUGGACUAGACGAUGCCGUAACUGCAAUCACAAUAGUAGCACUCGGAAUGUCACUGCCAGAUAUUUUGGGAGCCUGUAUGGUUACUCGAGCGGAAACCCACGCAGAUGAGGCAAUGAUACACAUUGCAGGUUCAAUAGCUGUAAAAGUAUUGAUGGGUGUCGGACUGCCAUGGUUUAUCGCUGCUUUGUAUCACUACUUACAUGGAAACUUGUUCGAAAUUCCAUCAAAUCGUAUUGGUUUUAAUGUUCUUCUGUAUUCUGUUAUGGCGAUUUUGGCUGUAACUGUAUUAAUGGUCCGUAGAAAUGUUGAGUUUUUUGGAAAAGCGGAAUUGGGUGGACCGACGAAAGGAAGAUAUAUUACUGUUGCUAUAUUAGUCUCGUUGUGGGUAAUUUAUUUGUCACUCACUUGUUUCCAAACGUUUUAAUUUAAUUUUAAAGACAUUUUAUAGCGCCAAUAGUGUUCUUAUUGGCCACAAUAUAGUUACUACCUACGUAUUUUUUUAUGUAAU